GCGAGGCGGCGGCGCGCCCAGCCAUGCUGUGCUAUGUGACGCGGCCGGACGCGGUGCUCAUGGAGGUGGAGGUGGAGACCAAAGCCAACGGCGAGGACUGCCUCACCCAGGUGUGCAGGCGGUUGGGAAUCAUAGAAGUGGAUUAUUUUGGACUGCAGUUCACUGGUAGCAAAGGUGAAAGCUUAUGGCUCAAUCUGAGGAACCGCAUCUCCCAGCAGAUGGAUGGGCUACCCCCUUACCGGCUUAAACUGAGAGUCAAGUUCUUCGUGGAACCUCAUCUCAUCUUACAGGAGCAGACCAGGCAUAUCUUUUUCCUGCACAUCAGGGAGUCCCUCCUGGCAGGCCACCUCCCAUGCUCCCCAGAGCAAGCAGUGGAACUCAGCGCUCUCCUGGCCCAGACCAAGUUUGGAGACUACAACCAGAACACCGCCAAGUACAGUUACGAGGAGCUGUGUGCAAAGGAGCUCUCCAGUGCCGCCCUGAACAGCAUUGUUGCAAAGCAUAAGGACUUGGAGGGGACCAGCCAGGCUUCGGCGGAAUACCAGGUUUUGCAGAUCGUGUCGGCAAUGGAGAACUAUGGCAUAGAAUGGCAUGCUGUGAGGGACAGCGAAGGGCAGAAACUCCUCAUUGGGGUUGGACCUGACGGCAUCUCAAUUUGUAAAGAUGACUUUAGUCCAAUCAAUAGGAUAGCUUACCCUGUGGUGCAGAUGGCCACCCAGUCAGGAAAGAACGUGUACUUGACUGUCACCAAGGAGUCUGGGAACAGCAUCGUGCUCUUGUUUAAGAUGAUCAGCACCAGGGCAGCCAGCGGGCUCUACCGGGCGAUCACAGAGACGCAUGCUUUCUACAGGUGUGACACGGUGACCAGCGCCGUCAUGAUGCAGUACAGCCGAGACUUGAAGGGCCACCUGGCGUCUCUCUUUCUGAAUGAAAACAUUAACCUCGGCAAGAAGUAUGUCUUUGAUAUUAAGAGAACGUCAAAGGAGGUCUAUGACCACGCCAGGAGGGCUCUGUACAACGCCGGCGUCGUGGACCUGGUUUCGAGGAGCGACCACAGUCCCCCCAACUCUCCCCUUAAGUCCUCAGAGAACGGGCUGAACUGCAGCAGCUGUGAGGGCCUCAGCUGCCAGCAGACCAGAGCCCUCCAGGAGAAGCUGCGCAAGCUGAAGGAAGCCAUGCUGUGCAUGGUGUGCUGUGAGGAGGAGAUCAACUCGGCCUUCUGUCCCUGCGGCCACACUGUGUGCUGUGAGAGCUGUGCCUCCCAGCUCCAGUCGUGUCCGGUAUGCAGGUCACGAGUGGAGCAUGUCCAGCACGUUUACCUCCCGACCCACACCAGUCUUCUCAACCUGACUGUGAUCUGAUCUGGGCGACCUGCCACUUUCCCAUGAACUGCACUAUGACGAACUAUAAAAAUAAUAGGUUGUGGAGAAAAGAAAUACUCCCACUCCACUCCCUCUGCCAUGCAACAUUUAAACCGAGAAGGAAAAGAAGACAGCUACACCUCGCCGCCAGAACAUACCAUGCUUAGACCCCGCGGGUCCAGUGAGGGGACCAGGAGGAGUUCUGGGACGCAGAGAUAUUCCUUAGACUUUAAUUCUUUUUAUGAGCAAGUAAAAGAAUAAGUAAAAUCUUUGAUGUCAGUUAAGUGGCAACCUAGCCAAAAAGUGGAUACCUUUUAGAAAAUGUUGGUGUCAAUCUCCUUAAUGUAUCCCCAGGUAAGUUUCCUACCUGCAGCAAAGUUUGUAAGAAUUAACUUUAAGAAUUUACUUGGUUCUUUUUGUAUGGUCAUGGGACUCCGAACAUUUUUAACAGGAAAAUCUUUCUUAAAGAAGUAGUCAUUUUCACGUCAUUUCUGGUUUUAUAACUCGUUCGAGAAUGAUUGGAAGGCCGACAGAUUGAACAGUCAAUUCUGUGCUUUUAAAACGUCGACAACCAGGGCGUCAGAUUUAAACCAGUCUGGCCAGUGGGAAGCAGUGUGGGUGGCUUCCAGUUCCUUUUCAACCACCUCUCCGUACUCCAAGCCUUUGGAUUAUAAGAUGCUACCAAUUUGGUUAUAAGGUUUCUGUGCAGUAGGCAAGCUCUCUUGGGGCCUCUUGAGUAAGUGGAACAUUUUGUUUUCAGAUUAAAAAGGGGGUGCAUGUUCCUUUGGAAGAGAGAACCCUGCUGGCAGAGAUGAAGCUUCCAAACCUGGGGCGGGGGGCGGUCUUCAGUUCUCCCAAGCCCUCUACUUUAGCUCCACCCAGCGGGGUUGCUUUGCUCGAGCCUUCUACAGCCUUAUCAUAGGUAUAAUAGAUAGUGUAUACUUUUUUUUUUUUAAGUAAAUGCUGAAGUAUUAACUUUUGGUUUGGUUGUCCCCAUCGUAUGUCUUGGGGGGGUUCAGGUUUUUUGGUUUUGUAUUCUUAAUCAUGUUUUCCACUCCCACUUGGGCAUUUUGGACGCCGGUCAGCUUGUGGGUUUUCUAGGCUGUUGGGAAACCUAGAUGACCUUAUUGGGUGCAAUACUAGCUCAGUAAAAGCUAGGAACCUACACUGUCACUUUACUGAAAUUUCUGAGUAUACUUUUCAUAUUGCCUUAAUGUAGCAGUAAUGUGUUUAUGCAUUUGUUUCUUUGCACAGACAUUUUGUCAGAUAUUAAAACUCUACUUUUUUAUGGCACAUAUUAGCAUAUAAGCCUUUAUUCCAAGAGGUAUUUAUUUUUUCACUUGUAAAAAAAUAAUGUUUCCACAUAAAGAACUCUGUUAUAUCCUAGAGGACUUCUGUCUUUUAUAUUCAGGACAAUAAAGACUUUAAAGCAAACCCAUGGCAGUUGCCUUCAUUGGAAAGGGCGUAGAUAAUGUCAUAGUUGGUGUCUGCUUUGAUGCUAUGUGGACAAUUUGAAAAUGCUUAGAGUAUUGGCUCUUGUCCAGGAGAAUGUCCACCCAUUCCCACACCUGUGCUUUCUGGCUCUAGGACUGGACAGUGGAGAUGAAAAUGGGGCGAGUGUACAUGAGGUGAAAAGUUAAAGUUGGGAAAAGGACUGAAAGGUGUUGGAGAAGGAAGGGAAUAACAACAAUGGCUGCUUUGAAAGUUAAUUUAAGCCCAGAUCUGCUGCUGGUGUGUUCCUGCUCAGGACAGGGAGGGCCUGUCUAGGACCCAGGAGUCCACAGUCUCAGUCUCUCGAACUAGAUUCCUCCAGCCCAGCCCACUCGCUACUGCUAGGACCUAACUGCUCUAAGCAUGCCAGUGUCUGCUAGCUGUGUUGCUCAAGAAAUGCUUUGUGGAGACGGAGCUUCCAUAGGAUCCAGCAAUUCCACUCCUGGGUAUUUACCCAAAGGACACAAUAAC